AGCAACAUGAAGGUCCUCCUAGUGCUCGCUUUGGUGGCGGCGGCCGCUGCCUGGCCCAGCUUUGGCUUUCAGGGAGAUGAGGGAGGUGUGUCUGAUGCCCAGAAGCAAAACGAUGUCAACUUCCUCUUGCACAAAAUCUACGGAAACAUUCGUGAUGCUAACCUGAAAUCCAUCGCUGAUUCGUUCGAUCCCGAGGCUGAUUUAUCCCACUACAGUGACGAUGGUGAAGCAGUUCACAAAAUCAUGAAAGACCUCAAGGAUCACAGACUUCUCGAACAGAAGCACUGGUUCUCUCUCUUCAACCCAAGUCAUCGCUAUGAUGCACUGCUACUCUUUGACGUUCUUAUUAACUGCAAGGACUGGAACACAUUUGUCAGCAAUGCAGCCUACUUCCGUCAAAUUAUGAAUGAAGGAGAGUUUGUCUAUGCCUUGUAUGUUGCGGUCAUCCACUCACCUCUGGCUGAACACGUUGUACUUCCCCCACUCUAUGAAGUCACACCCCAUCUCUUCACCAACAGUGAAGUCAUUGAAGCAGCUUAUCGUGCCAAGCAAACGCAGACACCUGGUAAAUUCAAGUCUACUUUCACAGGGACCAAGAAGAACCCUGAACAAAGAGUAGCCUAUUUCGGAGAGGACAUCGGAAUGAACACUCACCACGUUACCUGGCAUAUGGAAUUCCCAUUCUGGUGGCAGGACAAAUACGGUCAUCACCUUGAUCGCAAAGGAGAGAGUUUCUUCUGGGUACAUCAUCAGCUUACUGUCCGCUUCGAUGCCGAACGUCUCUCCAAUUACUUAGACCCUGUUGGCGAGCUCAAUUGGGAUAAGCCCAUCGUUCAGGGCUUUGCACCUCACACCACAUACAAGUACGGAGGUCAGUUUCCCUCUCGUCCAGAUAACGUAAAGUUCGAGGAUGUGGACGGUGUUGCCCGAAUUCGAGACUUGCUCAUCGUUGAAAGCCGAAUCCGUGAUGCCAUUGCUCAUGGUUACAUUGUUGACAGAAGUGGUGAACGCAUCGAUAUCAUGAAUGAAAGUGGCAUCAACGUCCUUGGAGACAUUAUUGAAUCAUCUUUGUACAGUCCUAAUAUCCAAUACUACGGAGCCUUGCACAACACUGCUCACAUUGUACUUGGUCGUCAGGGAGAUCCCCAUGGAAAGUACGAUUUACCCCCAGGCGUGCUGGAACACUUCGAAACUGCCACACGUGAUCCCAGUUUCUUUAGGCUACACAAAUAUAUGGAUAACAUCUUUAAGGAGCACAAGGACUCCCUUCCUCCUUAUACUCAAGAAGAACUCACAUUCGUAGGUGUAAGCGUUGAAAAUUUGUCCGUAAAUGGAGAGCUUGAGACCUACUUUGAAGACUUUGAAUACAAUCUCAUUAAUGCCGUUGACGAUACGGAACAGAUUGAAGAUGUAGAGAUUUCUACUUAUGUGCCUCGACUCAAUCACAAAGAUUUCUCUUACAACAUUGACAUCAACAACAACAAUGGUGAUGAAGCACUGGCAACAGUCCGCAUUUUCGCUUGGCCUCAUCGCGAUAACAAUGGUAUCGAGUAUUCCUUCGAUGAAGGUCGCUGGAAUGCCAUUGAAUUAGAUAAAUUCUGGGUUAAGUUGACACCAGGAACCAACCAUAUUGCCCGUAAGUCUUCUGAGUCUUCGGUUACCGUCCCUGAUGUACCGAGUUUCCAGACUCUCUUCGAUAAGACCAAGGAAGCUUUGGAUGGUGGAGACUUCAGCCUUGAAAACUAUGUGAGUGCCACUGGCAUUCCCAACAGAUUCCUACUUCCCAAGGGUAACAAACAAGGUCUUGAGUUCGACCUUGUCGUAGCAGUGACCGAUGGUACGGCUGACGCAGCAGUGGAUGGCCUUCACGAAAAUACCGAAUUCAAUCACUAUGGUUCCCAUGGCAAGUACCCAGACAAUCGCCCACACGGAUACCCUCUGGAUCGCAAGGUUCCCGACGAGCGUGUAUUCGAAGAUCUUCCCAACUUUAGUCAUAUCCAGGUUAAGAUUUUCAACCAUGGUGAAUAUAUUCAACAUUAAUUGAAUUACCG